AUGAAACUGCACUGCUCUAAAAUAUUAUUAUUUUUCUUUCCAUUAAAUAUAUUAGUAACAUCAUAUCAUGUGUAUAGUAAAAACAAACCAUCCAUCACAUCACAUCAUACACAAACCAAUAGAUCAUUAUGUGAAUGUGACACACAAUCGACAAAUUAUAAUAAUGAUGAGGAAAUCAAAUCAGUGAAGGAAAAUUUCGAUCGACAAGCGUCGCAACGUUUUGAAGAAUACGAAGAACGUAUGAAAGAAAAACGCCAAAAAUGUAAAGAACAACGUGACAAAAGUAUACAAGAAAUUAUUGAAAAAGAUAAAAGGGAAAAAUCAUUAGCACAAAAAGUAGAAAAAGGUUGUCUUAUAUGUGGGUGUGGGCUAGGAAGUGUUGCAGGAAGUGUUGGAAUAUUUGGUACAGUUGCAGUAAAAGAGUUGACAAAAGCUGCUAUUGCUAAGGCAGUUGUAGUCGCUAAGGAAGCAGGUAUGGCUGCCGCUAAAGCUGAGGGUGCUGCGGCAGGUAAGGAAUUUGUUAUUGCAAAAUUACAAGAAAUGGGUAUAUCAACUGUAGGUGUUCAGGGAUUGCAAUCCUAUUUUGUUACAACGGAUUAUACUAAUGCCUUAACGAUUUUUCGUGCUAUAAAUAAUCAAUACAGCCCAUCGUCAUGUAUAUUUGUUUCCUCUGGCACUCGUCAGGCUUUUUGCACUUGGGUGACCGAACAAUCUAAAUCUGUAGCGAAUAUUCGAGAGAUGCUUCAAGGUAAUUCCGUUUCAUAUACCAAAGUUACAGAAAAAGCUGUAGGAACUAUCGUCACAGAUGCCAAAAAAGCUGCUGGAGAAGCUACAGAAAAGGCUAUUGAAGAAGUUAUACAAAGAAGCACUGCUGCAGCAGAAUCUACAUAUGCUGGUUGCCAGAGUGCUAUUAUUGCUUCUGUUGUUGCAAUAAUAAUUAUAGCUUUAGUUAUGAUAAUUAUAUAUUUAGUUUUACGUUAUCGUAGAAAAAAGAAAAUGAAGAAAAAAGCCGAAUACACAAAAUUAUUAAAUCAAUAA